AUGAAUUCUCUCAUGCAAUCAUCCCUCUCCGACGUCGAGUCAAAGCUGAACACACUCUUAACUACUAUAACAACCGCUCCCGGAGCUGCUGGAGCACCCGCUGCCGCAGGGGCCCUGCUGGACGCUGAUGAUGCGCUGUCGUCUUCCCUCGAAACACUGCGACAGCACCAAGAGAACUACGCACGGAUUUUACAACUGCGAGCUGAGGCAGAAAGACUAGAAAACCGCGUCAAAAGUAUCGUGAAGGAUCUUGAGAGGUUCGACAAAGCUAUUGGGACGGCGUGUGGCGAAGACGAGGAGGAUGACAGCGACCUGGACUCCCAAGAUGAGGGCGCCAUAACGAAGAGCAAGUCUUCGCGAAAGGAAAUCGAUUAUAGACUUCUCCUAGACUUUGCCCGUCGCAUUAGCAAAUACAAUCUUGAGGCUGCUGCAGAUGCUGCGAAUGAUGAUACGUCAAGAGAUGGCCAGAGCUCACGCCCACAACCCUUGGACAAAGACGUGAGGAUGACGGGCAUGAAUGGUGAAUCUGCCGCGGCAGAUGGGGCAGAGCCAGUCUCAUCCGUGACGAAGAGCGCGACACAAUGGUUGGAUGACUCGGCAAAUGUCACGCGGCAGGUCUAUAUGAUCCCGUAUCCGAUGGAGGAAAGGAUCCGGAUGGGUGUGAUGGGUCAAGUCCAGCUGGCAGCCGGCGAGGAUCCGGACAAAGAAGUAGACCGAUUGAUCCGCGAAGCAGAAGGUCUCGGAGCAGCCGAACCUCCGGCACCAGUACAUCUUGAAGGCACGAGGCAGGAUGAAGCUGCGAAGGCCGCCGCACAGGCUGGCUCCUCCGCCAGCGGUGUGGUACGACCUCCUGCACCGGCCUCAGCACCGCCAUCGAGGCCAAAGCCGAAAGCCCUGCUGGACCUUGAUCUAUAUGAUCCCGAUGAUGACGAUUUUUGA